AUGUUCUUUGAUGAUCAAAAUAAAUUGUUCAUGUGUCUUCAUGAUGUUCACGUAAAUCAGAUCUCUUGGGAUAUAUUAGAGGAUGCAAUUGAGCAAGUGGUUAAACAAAAUAACAACACAAACUCAAAACUCACCAAACAUUUAAAAUGGAUUCAAAAUGUUUCAGCUGAUCAAUCGAUCAGCUCAUAUUUGGCCUCGAAUUUAACAACCAUCGGACAAUUUGCAUGGUAUGCUGGAGUGUUUGAUGAGCAUACACUGAAUCAAAUUAAUUCCAGUGAUGUUAUCCAAUAUAUCACACGAGAUAUUAUGGUGAGAUCUUAUCAUAAUAUCGAAUUGAACACACCUAGUUGGGGCUUGUCUCGUAUCUCUAAAAAAUCCCUUCCGAUUGAUAAUAAAUAUCAUUACCCAGAUAAUAGUGGCCAAGAUGUAAAUAUUUAUGUGAUUGACACCGGCAUAAACACAAAACAUAACGAUCUCGAGGGUCGAGCCUCAUUUGGCACCGCAUUUCUGGGUAAUCGUAGCGAGGAACGAGAUUUAAAUGGUCACGGGACAUUUGUGGCAGGAGUUCUGGCCGGUAAAUUUUUUGGUGUGGCCAAAAAAGCAAAUAUUAUUUCCGUACGAGCGUUACAACCCGAUGGAUCUGGUCGUUUGAGUGUUGUGUUGCAGGCAAUUGACUGGGUCAUUAAACAACAUAAUAAUUCAACGACCAAAAAGACCAUUAUAAAUUUGUCAUUGGGUGCUGAAUAUAGUCAAGCAACAAACGAAGCUAUCAAAAAUGCAAUGGCUUUGGGUAUUCAUUUCACGAUUGCUGCCGGAAAUGAAGGAAAAGACGCGUGUCAAUUUUCACCCGCGUCUGUGCAAGGCGCAUUGACAGUUGGUGCUACAAACUCUGAUGACACAAUUGCUACUUACUCGAAUACCGGAAAUUGUGUUGAUAUAUAUGCGCCAGGGACAAACAUUAACUCGAUUUGGAACACUUCAAAAUCUGCUACCCAUGUAUUGUCGGGUACCUCGAUGGCCAGCCCACACGUCGCAGGUGUGAUGGCAAUAUUGCUAUCCCAAGGGAACUACACACCACCCGAACUCGUUAAAAAAAUAAAAGAGAUGGCCACGGUAUUUAACAAAUCCGCUACGAAAAAAGGUGCACGGUAUCCACCCUUAUUAUUGUAUACCAAUCUUUUUGAUGAUGACGAGAGUAAUAGUACCAUUGUGCAGUAUAAAACAACGAAUAAUGCUUCUGCUAUUAUUAUUACUAAUACUAUUCUGGCUAAGAUAUUGAUUUUGUUCCCGCUUUUAAUGUCGCCUUUUUGGGCGGUCUACUGGUGA